AUGAAGCUGUCUGCUAUUGCACUUUUGGCUUUGACUUCGGGCAUCGCUGCCGCCCCAGCAGCUGAACCUGGCAGAGAGGUUGAUCACCGCGACUAUGGCUAUGACCGCAAGCCUGACUAUGGCUAUGACCGCAAGCCUGACUACGACCAUGACCGCAAGCCUGACUACGACCAUAAGGGCCAUGGAGGCAAGCAUGAUUAUGGUCAGCCGAAGCCUCACAACCCAUGGGGGCAUAAGCCGGGUCGUGACAAGGACCACGACUACAAGCCUCCCAAGGACUACCACAGGCCUCCUAAGGACUACCACAGGCCUCCCAAAGACCAUUACAAGCCUCCCAAUCAGCCAAAGCCAUGGGAGCACAAGCCGGGCCGUGACAAGGACCACGACUACAAGCCUCCUAAGGGCUACCACGGGCCUCCCAAGGAUCAUUAUAGGCCUCCCAAGGAUCAUUAUAGGCCUCCCAAGGAUCAUUAUAAGCCUCCCAAGGACUACCAUAGGCCUCCCAAGGAUCAUUACAAGCCUCCCAAGGAUCACCAUAAGCCUCCUAAGGAUCAUUAUAAGCCUCCCAAGGAUCAUUACAAGCCUCCCAAGGAUCACCAUAAGCCUCCUAAGGAUCAUUAUAAGCCUCCCAAGGAUCAUUACAAGCCUCCCAAGGAUCACCAUAAGCCUCCUAAGGAUCAUUAUAAGCCUCCCAAGGAUCAUUACAAGCCUCCCAAGGAUCACCAUAAGCCUCCUAAGGAUCAUUAUAAGCCUCCCAAGGAUCAUUACAAGCCUCCCAAGGAUCACCAUAAGCCUCCUAAGGAUCAUUAUAAGCCUCCCAAGGAUCAUUACAAGCCUCCCAAGGAUCACCAUAAGCCUCCUAAGGAUCAUUAUAAGCCUCCCAAGGAUCAUUACAAGCCUCCCAAGGAUCACCAUAAGCCUCCUAAGGAUCAUUAUAAGCCUCCCAAGGAUCAUUACAAGCCUCCCAAGGAUCACCAUAAGCCUCCUAAGGAUCAUUAUAAGCCUCCCAAGGAUCAUUACAAGCCUCCCAAGGAUCACCAUAAGCCUCCCAAGGAUCAUUACAAGCCUCCCAAGGAUCACCAUAAGCCUCCCAAGGAUCAUUACAAGCCUCCCAAGGAUCAUUACAAGCCUCCCAAGGAUCACUAUAAGCCACCCAAGGACGACUACAAGCCACCCAAGGAUCAUUACAAGCCACCCAAGGAUCACUAUAAGCCACCCAAGGACGACUACAAGCCUCCCAAGGAUCAUUACAAGCCUCCCAAGGACGACUACAAGCCCCCUAAGGACAACUACAAGCCCCCCAAGGACGAGUACAAGCCACCCAAGGACAACUACAAGCCCCCCAAGGAUGAGUACAAGCCACCCAAGGAUCAUUACAAGCCACCCAAGGACGACUACAAGCCCCCCUACUAA